GUACUCGUACUCGUACUCGUUCACUGAACGACACCGAGAACAACGACUCUGACUUACCCCGGUCUCGCUUGGACAUUCAAUCCUUGCCUUGGGUGAGACACGCAGGAUCAUCCAUCCUUCCAUCGUUGCUUACAGUUGAUUACUCGAUUGGUACGCCUUAUUGCGGAGCAUCGUUGUUGUCUGUGGCGCUGUAAAGUUCGUGGAUCCGCGGCGGGGAGAACCGAUCGUUGCGUCUCACCGGAUCUAACGUACACGAGGAUCCGGGAAGUGUCGUUCCAUCCCGAACGUUCCCAAGAUGUCCCGCCCCGCCGUUUCCGUUCGCCGCGAUCCCUUGUCCCGUCUGCAACAACAAGAGGUCGACGCCCGGCAAUUGGAACAGGAGUUGCAGGCUUGGACGACCGCGCCGUCGCGCUCCCGGACGUCCGCGGACGAAACCCGCGCUCACCGGGUCCGUGUUAACCUCUGCGAAACGCUCGCCGACAUGAUCUUGACCCAUCCCGCCUUUGCCGCACAACACGGCAUUGUGGGGCGACUCUGGAUCUCGUGUUUUCAAAGCAAACUGACCGCGCUACGACAGUUGUUGCACCAAUUGCGGCGGCACGGCAAGACGGAACGCGCCGAUCAAGUCGAAGCCUCGCUCGAACAUUCCUUGGUGGAAGCCAUUACUUUUUACAAUUAUAUUAUACGGCAUUUGCAGGAUCAGUUGUUGGCGAGUCCUGCAGUGGGCAGCAGUGCUGGGAGUACCGCCGUGACCGGCAUUAUCAGCAACAAGAGCAUUAACAACACCAGCAGUAAAAAUCACCUGCCCACGCAAGAUUCCACUCCCAACGCGCUCGAGGCUUCCACGUUGCUCACCGUCGACUCGUCUGCCCUGGUGGGAAUUGUCAGCAACAUUGCUCAACUCGAACUACACGUCGGAGAUUUGUUUCGCUACGCCAAGCAGCUCGCCAAGGCGUCACAGAGUUACGAAACUUCCUUUCGUCUCGCUCCCGGACACGGACACGCCUACAAUCAACUCGCUGUUGUGGGUCAACUUCAACAACAACAGCCAUCAGUGUCCUCGUCCAGUGUUACCAACACCAACACUGCGUCCUCCCCGGAACGUUAUCAGACCGCCUUGGCCAUGUACGGAUACGUCCGCGCCCUCCUCGCUACCCACACCCGCUUUGACGCGGCCGACAAGAAUCUGCGAAAUCUACUCGCCACCAACCGUGGCUAUCUUCAUGACUGGCAGCAAGAACAAUCGGGCUUACAGGCGCCCAAUCGAGUCCCCGUGUCCAGUCGUGGAUUUUUACUCGCGUUUGUCGAAUUUCACGCCCAACUCUUGCGUCGGUCCGACCAAAGCGACGGUGACGACGGGCAACCCCAACCACCUUCCGUCGAUACGGUCUGGACCGAUUUUGGGAAUUUGCUACAGCAGAAUCAGAUAGGGGACGUCUUGUUGUGCAAACUCAUUGCUAUUCAGGCUUAUACGGAACAUACCACAGCGACAGAGCAAUCCCCGGCGUGGCAAAAGGCCCGCAAGGCUACGCUGACCAUGGGAACGGCUUUGGUGGAUCGAGUCAUGGCGGGUUGGCAAAAACCGAAAUCGUCCAGCCGUAUUCUGGUGGCCGUCUUGCUCGUGGCAGAAUAUCUGGUAACGACCUCUACCGUGUCACACUCUGCCGGAAGUUCCUUGGAAGAUGAUGAGUGGUCUCACUUUUGGAAGGGUUUUCUAGCGAUCGCCAAUCAUCUCAAGUCCCACAUGGGGAUUCUUCCCGAAUCCAAGUCGUUGUCGUUAUCGUCGUGUCUGGACGGUACGGAGGAAGAUUGGCACGCCAUCAAGGAGUAUCAGCUAUUGCGAGGUUUCAAACCGUUUGCAGCGUUCCUACCACCGUGCGGCGAAGGCGGGUAUCUUUCACUCGAAGAAGGUGCCGCAUGGUUGCGGACGGAGCGGGAGAAGAAGAUACCGUCGUCGCGCAAACCCAUCGAACGUAAGAAUUCCCAGGAUACCACGGCAUCGUCCACGACCUCCGUCCGUGCAGCCGAUCAAGGACGGCUCAAAGCCUUGCGCUUUCUCCAGCUUGCGCAACAGCUGGCCGAUACAAACCGUGCCAAUGAGAAUGACUGGUCCCAACGCAUCGUCUGCAACGAAAAUGGCGUGUUCGAAUGGAUCGAACCCGACAGUGAUAUGCAAGACAACAAUGAAGACGACGCGUUGUUGGAUGAGGGUACAAGCAGCGAAAACGCUGUUGGACGAGUGUUGGAUGUUACCCGCAAAAAUCGAAACCCAGUUGAAGAGGAUGCGAAAAUGGUGGAAUCUCCGCGCGACAACAUCACCCUCGUCUACCAGCCCGCACCCGACGGUGGUCCGCCGCUGCUAACUCCUGCCUCUCUGGACGUCGCCUCUACAAUGGCGGGUAUGCCCAUUGUUGAACCGCCUGUGCAUGUUGCGGCCACGGUGACUUCCCCCAUCCACGCGCCUCCUCCGGGACUCGCACCGCCACCCGGUUUGGCUGGACCGGCCUUCCGUCCCCCGCCCGGCAUGGUGCCGCCACCCGGACUCGGUGGUGGACCAGGUCCAUCCGUGAUGGAAGGAUGGUGGGGCUUGAAUGGUCCUCCUUUGUCGGGAACGAACCAUUCCAGUGUGGCACCGUCGCGCGGCAACGUGGCCUCGACCUUUUCUCCCUACUUGUUUGCUAACGCAUUGGAGACGACCAAUCCAUUCGCCGUGGACGAAAAUCAGUUCGCCGGUUGGGCAAUGCGCGACGUGGACUACGACGGUUCCGGCUUGAUGGAUGAAUCUUCCUUGUUGGGCCCGAGUCUGCUCAACAGUAUCUACAUGGAUUCUGCGGGAGACGAUGUUACUGUCGGAGGUGUCGCACACAAGAGAAUGAACGCUUACACGAAGAAUCCGUUUGCAACCUAA